UUGACCUGUCUGUUUCCGGUGCUGGGUGCUGGCACAACGCUCAACAUGCGGUGCGGCCUCAAGAUAUUUCUUUGGUCGCCAUCACCGUUUUUGCUCUCACUGGUGCUGAGAUCUCUUCCUCCUCUAUUGCUACAAGGACAAUAAUCUAUUGUGGAAUACCAACAGAAACGCUGUUGCACAAGAACAAAGUUGUGUUUUCAUCUUCAUCCUUCUUCCCCGAACAAGCAUCUUUUCUAUUGCCGCGAACCACGAAGAGAGAUGCCGCCAAGCUCCAGCUUGCAAUACGCGAAUACUUCGCUCUCCCUUCUGUUCGGAAGAGACCAGUGCUCCGAUGUUUUUGGUUCGGAUGCAAGUAAUGAGAUCUGCAGUCCGAGCCGAACCCUCUGCUGCGUUCGACGAGGUCAAGAAUAUCCUGCCUGUCACCAAUCCCUAGGCAAGGGUUGGUGCUGCAUCGGAAACAACCCAACCGACGACUGCUACGUCGACCAGCCCUCCGUCUGCGAAGAGAAGAACUCGGUCCCCUGCACGUAUCUCGCUGAAGGCACCACCGAGGCAUGCUGUCCGCGCCUGACGAGCUGCGUAAUAGACACGCCCGCGAGCAAGGAAGUUGUGCGCUGCAACAUACAGUACGGCGAUCUCCAGAAGGCUGCGGCUGGCCUUGACGACCAGUCGUCCUCCUCCUCCUCUGCCUCCCCAUCCUCGUCAAUCUCCAGCAUAGCCGCGAUUAAAAGCAGUACGAUCCGUAAUAGCGCGAAUCCAUCAACGGCCGCGGCGACGAGCUCCAUCGCGCAGGCAGCUUCCACCUCGCACACCGCUGGUCACGCGGCCGGGACCGCCCUGCCGACGCCGCCCCCAUCAGGUACAAACUCGCAAAGCCAAGGGACGUCAGGGCUGGCGCCGACGGCGGGACCGGGGCUGAUCGCGGGUGCUGCCGUCGGCGGGACGCUGGGGUUCGUGGCCUUGUUGGUCUUGGGAUACCUCUUCCUCCGAAGGCUGCUCAAAUUGAGGCAGCAAGGCGGCGGAGGCGGCGGCGGCGGCGGCCAUCCCCACGCACCGCAGGACGCGCCCCAACUUCCCCCGUACGGGUACCACGACUAUUAUUCGCAAGCGGCGGCGGUGACGACGACGACAAUGGUUGGCCCGCCCAGGACCUAUGUGUAUCCGGAGUUGUCGGCGGAGACGGUAGUCGACGUGCUGGCAAAGCAUCAUCAACAGCCAGUCGAACUACCAGCUGCGAAGUGACGUGGGGGAGAGGAGGGAAGGGAGGAGGUGUCAAAAACAACCAAGAAGGGAAAUCACUGAUCUAUGGGUUCGAGAUGUGCUGCAGCCAGGGAGUGUUGAUUGGCGCAAGGCUCUUGGAGAAGAAGAAAACCAAGCAGAACAGUCAAGGGUUGAUCCAGCCAUGG